AUGAUCUCAACGCAAAAGGAUACCAAGGACGCCGGCGUCUCUAAAAGGGUUUCCUCAGAGAAGUGUGGCAUGAAUUCCGACGCCACGCGACUAGAACAGCUUGGACUCCAUGCCGAGCUUGAGCCCACGUUUUCCCUCACUGCGCUGCUAUGCCUCUCUCUCUGCAUCAUGGCAACAUGGGAAGCUGUCGCCUCAGUUGUUGCGCAAGCCUUGGCUAGUGGUGGCGUCCCGUGCCUCGUUUACAAUUACAUCGCCACCUUUAUUUGCACCGUUGCAACUACCGCCUCGCUUGCCGAGAUUGCAUCAAUAUACCCAACUGCUGGAGGCCAGUAUCAUUGGGUCACCGCCCUUUUCCCGGGACGUGGCAAAAAGAUAAUGUCCUGGCUGACAGGAUGGAUUUCUAUCGGUGGACAGAUUGUCUUCACAGCUUCGGCAGCAUUUGCAGGGGGCUUGAUGAUUCAAGGACUCAUCAUCCUCAAUGACGCCAAAUACGCUCCCCAAAGGUGGCACGGCCUCUUUCUUUACUGGGCGGUGCUAGUUUACGCCCUGCUGAUGAAUACACUCGGCUAUCGCAGCUUAAGCAGUGCCAAUCUCGUCGCAGGCGUUCUGCACAUUGUGGGUUUUCUUGUCAUCUUGGUGACCUUGGGGGUUAAAUCUGAGAAAAAUACAGCGGCAUCCGUAUUCACGGAUUUCAGCAACGUCACUGGGUGGCAGAGUGACGGGAUCGCGUGGCUCAUCGGCCUUACCAGCACCGUGUUCCCUUUUCUAGGUUACGAUGCAGCAUGUCAUCUUGCCGAGGAGCUACCCAACGCAUCCCGCAAUGUCCCUCUGGCCAUGACGGGGAGUGUUGUCAUGAACGUUGUCAUGGGCCUCGGGUUCGUGCUCAUGCUCGCGUUCUCUACCGGCUCACUUGAGGAUAUUCUGCAGACCCCUACCGGGUUCCCCUUUAUGAUGAUAUUCCUCGAUGCCACCAAAUCUACUGCAUUGACCACAGUGCUUGCGUUGUUCAUCGUGAUCAUUGCUGUUGCGGCGGCCAUGGCUGGUCUGACCUCCACGUCUCGAACCUUCUGGGCGUUUGCGCGAGACGAUGCUGUCCCAUUCUCAAACUACUUCGCCAAGGUUGGCAGGAAGCAGAAAGUCCCUGUACGGGCCGUCGUUCUUAUUUUCAUCCUCAAUAUGGUCCUAGGCACGAUCUACGCUGGAAACACCACUGCCUUUAAUGCUGUCCUGUCCAUGGCCAUCUUUGGAAUGUAUCUCUCUUACAUGCUUCCUAUUAUGGCCAUGCUAUUCUAUGGGCGCAAUAGGCUUAGGCCUUGCGAUUAUGGACCUUUCAAACUCCCGCGAUGGUUGGGCGUUAGCUGUAAUAUCAUUGCUCUCGUUUGGUCAUCCGUGGCAAUUUUCUUCAGCACAUUCCCCACGCAGAUUCCGGUGACGGGGAUGAAUAUGAAUUACUCUAGUUUUAUCAUGAUUGGCUGGGUGAUUUUUGGGCUCAUUUUCUAUUUGCUCAACGGGCGGUAUCGUUUCAAGAUGCCGGUGGUCACGACUGAUGUUCAAUGA